AACAAAACAUUCCAUUAAUAUUGGAGAUGCAGUCUCCAGUAGAUUAUGGAUCGUUGCCUUGAGGAGAGUAUAAAACUAGCAGUUAGUGGAAGAUAGUGAUUCGAACGUCUGAUUCGCGAAAGGAAGGACAGUCUCGACGGUACCUGUUAAUCUGUUAGUAGGUUUAUCACUUUUUACACACUUUGCGGAGGGUUGAGAUCAUUCAGCAUUUCGAGUCAUUAACAGUAAAAUAAAACGUGUUACACUGAACGAUACCGUGACCCGGUCAACACUCCAGUGAAAGUGAUUAUAUAUACGUUUUCAACCUUCAAUUCCUUGCAAUUGACAUAAUACUAGUGUUACGCACAGUACGGGAAGACGCGCAUGCCGCCGUGUUUCGGAGGUGAGAAAUGAGACGAACAGCUAAUUAGAACGUAACUUCCUGAAACAGCCUGAGAUGACCAAAGACGACUGCGUUUGCGAAAAUGGAUAAAAGUCAGAGGAAAGAAAAAAAGAAUCCGCGCCAGAAUGCGAACCCAAUAUCUAUCCUUACUUUUUGGUGGAUACUUAAACUAUUCGUCCGUGGGUACAAGAAAGAAUUACAAGAGGAUGAUCUCUAUUCACCGUUACGAGUAGACCGAAGUAACUACCUGGGGGAGCGUAUUGUCCAAAAUUGGGAAAUCGAGGUGAAACAAUGCGAGAAGAGGAAGGACAACUCGAAGCCAAGCUUGAAUAGAGUACUCUACAAAUGCUUUGGGAAAAUAGUCAUCGGCACUGGAAUAGCGCUGUUUAUACUGGAAUUCGGAAUACGACUCGUACAACCAUUCCUUCUUGCCACUUUAUUACGUUACUUCUCAGGGAUGAGAGAAGACUGGACCAACGAUAUAUACUACUACGCCACCGGAUUCUGCCUUCUACCUUUAUUAGACGCUUUAAUCCUACAUGCGUCUUUACAAACUUUAAUGCACGUAGGAAUGAAAGUCCGAGUGGCUUGUUGCACUUUAAUUUAUAGGAAAAUACUCAGACUAUCGAAUUCCGUUCUCGAGAACGAUACAUCUACUGGACAGAUCGUCAAUUUUUUGAGCACCGACGUCAACAGACUGGAUUACUUUGUCUUUACUAUUCACUAUUUGUGGAUCGGCCCGAUUCAGACGAUUUUAAUAACGUAUCUUAUAUAUCGUGAAAUCGGAAUCGGUGCCAUCGCCGGGAUGACUGUAUUUUUAUUAUGCGUACCACUGCAGACGUAUUUUGGAAGAAAAAUAUCGCGCUUAACACAUGCAUGCGCGCAAAGGACUGACGCUAGGAUAAGCUUAAUGAAUCAAAUUAUUGCUGGAGUGGAAAUAAUCAAGAUGUACGUUUGGGAGAUACCGUACUCGCGCCUCGUGGAAAAAGCUAGAGGGAAAGAGAUAAAUGUGCUGAAGAAGUAUGCUAUUAUCGAGCAGAUCGGUUUAACCACCGACAUUUUCGUUCCUCGUGUCAGCCUAUUCACUACGAUAUUAACAUACGUUUUAACUGGACAAUAUAUCGAUGCUGAGAAAGUAUUUAUGGCCACAUCGUUUUAUAAUAUCUUACGAGGUUCUAUGACUGCUGGCUUUCCUUUAAGCGUUCAUCUAAUGGCGGAAGCUUUGGUGUCUAUUAGACGUCUCGAGAAAUUCAUGUUGCACGCCGAGAUCUCCGAGCCGCAGAAGAUCGCGAACCAAGUAGCUUCGCAAUCGAAUCCUAUUUACAUAAAAAACGUCAGUGCUAGAUGGUCCGAGACCAGAGAUUACGCUUUACAGAACAUCGACUUGAAGGUGCGAGCCGGUGACUUCAUAGCAGUGAUCGGUCAGAUCGGCUCGGGCAAGAGUAGCCUGUUGCAAGCGAUUCUCCGUGAAUUACCAUUAACAGAAGGCGUAUUGGAAACCAGUGGAAGAGUCAGCUUCGCUGAUCAACGUCCAUGGCUGUUCGCUUCCACCGUCAGACAGAACAUCCUCUUCGGCCAGCCAUAUAACGAAGUGCGUUACAACGAAGUAAUCCGAGUCUGUCAAUUGAAACGCGAUCUGGAAUUACUCGCACACAGAGACGGGACCAUCGUCGGUGAAAGGGGGAUCAAUCUAAGCGGUGGUCAAAAGGCUAGAGUCAAUUUAGCUCGCGCAUUAUACGCCGACGCGGACAUUUACCUCCUCGACGAUCCUUUGUCAGCCGUCGACACGCACGUUGGUAAAAGCAUCGUCGACGAGUGUAUAUUAGGCUUCCUGAAAGGCAAAACUAGAAUCCUAGUCACGCACCAGAUACAGUAUUUAAAGUCUGCCGAUCAGAUAAUCGUGAUGAACAACGGUAGUAUUCAAGCUAUAGGUAACUUCGAGGAGCUUCAAAGCAUGGACCUAGAUUUCAUGAAAAUCUUCCAAGAGGAAGAGGACCGAAAGGCGAUGGCUAAAGAGAUCGAAACCAAAGCCGAGAAGAGGAAAACAAUCGACGAAUCGCAAAAAGAGGACGGAGAGGUAGUGCCAGAACAGAAACCUGAAGACACAUCAGAAACGAGGGCAUUUGGAAAAAUCUCUUUCGCUACAUUUUUUGCUUACUGGAAGGCAUGCAGAAACGUGUUCCUAGUUUUUAUGGUUCCGCUCUUAUUUAUAAUAUGCCAAACGAUGGCUAGCAGUAGCGAUUACCUAGUUGCGUUCUGGGUGAACACAGAAGUGGCAUCAUGGACGAAGAACGACAAUGGUACAAAAGAAUUUCAGUGGAAUAGUCCACUGACUCGUAACCAAGUCAUUUACCUCUAUAGCGGCCUAACUUUUGGCUUUGUUUGCAUUUACGUUAUUCAAACGUUUACGUAUUACGGGGCUUGCAUGCGAGUUUCGAAGAAUCUCCACGCACAGAUGUUCCGCAGUAUCAUACGCGCCGUGAUGUACUUUUAUAAUACAAAUCCCGCCGGUCGGAUAUUAAAUAGGUUUUCGAAAGACAUCGGUAUAAUCGACAAGAACAUGCCUUUUACGAUGUUCGACGUAAUGAUGAUGCUCUUAACAUUCACUAGCGCGAUAGUGAUCGUCGGUACGGUGAGCCCGUGGCUACUGAUACCGACUUCUGUCAUUAUACUAAUUUUCUAUUUUUUAAGAGUCGUGUACAUCACGACCAGCCGCGCUGUUAAACGUAUGGAAGGUAUCGCACGUUCGCCGGUGUUCGACCACUUAGGCGCGACGCUGCAAGGUCUGACGACGAUCAGAGCGUUCAACGCUCAAGAAAUAGUAACUACAGAGUUCGACAAUCGUCAAGAUUCUCACACGUCCACGUGGUUCAUACUGAUCACCAUCUCGCGAGUCUUCGGCCUCUACAUCGAAGUAUUCUGUUUGAUUUACAUAGCGUUUAUCAUGAUUACGUUUUUGGUAUUCGAUCACCUGGCCGUAGUCGGGGACAUAGGCCUCGUGAUCACACAGUUCACCGCGAUUACUGGUACUUUGCAAUGGGGCAUGCGACAAACCGCAGAAUUAGAGAAUCAAAUUACCUCUGUUGAGAGAGUAGUAGAGUACAGCAAUCUGGAGGAAGAACCUUUCCUGGACGGCACACCUGAUAAAAAACCACCGGAGGAAUGGCCUACGAAAGGCCUGGUGGAAUUCAAAGACGUCAGGUUGAAGUACGGACCUAAGAGUGCUUACGUUUUGAAAGGUAUUAAUUUUGUGAUUAGUCCUAAGGAGAAGGUGGGCGUCGUUGGGAGAACCGGUGCUGGAAAAACAUCGUUAAUUAGCGCACUAUUCCGUUUGGCGUAUAUCGAAGGAGAAAUUACUAUUGAUGGUAUACCGACGGAUAAAAUCGCGUUGCACGAUUUCCGUUCGAAAAUCAGUAUUAUACCGCAGGAGCCGGUUUUGUUCGCGGGCAGCCUUCGACGGAAUCUGGACCCGUUCGACGAAUACUCUGACACCGUUUUAUGGGAAGCGCUGGAACAAGUUGAAUUCAAAGAAAUGAUUGCUGAUCUAGCGGCGGGGUUGAACACCAAGGUAGCCGAAGAGGGAGCGAACUUCAGCGUCGGACAACGUCAAUUAUUAUGUCUUGUGCGGGCACUCGUUAGGAAUAAUAAAAUCAUGGUUCUCGAUGAAGCCACUGCCAAUGUCGAUCCACAAACAGAUUCUUUGAUCCAAAAGACUGUGAGGAAGAAGUUUGUGGAUUGCACCGUCUUCACUAUAGCGCAUAGAUUAAAUACUAUAAUGGACAGCGAUAAAGUACUUGUGAUGGAUCAGGGUAAUCUAGUGGAAUUUGAUCAUCCGUACAUUCUAUUACAAAAGAAAGGAUAUUUUUACAAUAUGGUGCAACAAACGGGUGACGUAAUGGCGAACAAUUUGUUAGAAACUGCAAAGAACUGUUUUUAUAAUAAAAACGAAGCGACUUACUGAUCUGCAUUUAGAAACAUUUGGCUAACUUCUGAGCGAAACGUUUUUCUACGCCCAAUGUAAAUUUCACCAUUUUGUACCAAAUGAAUAGCUUUUGCUAAAUGUACUUAUGUGUAUCUCAGGAUCGAACAUUUUGAAUUUAUGGUGCUUACAAAAGUAUUAUCCAUUUAGUACUUUUAACGAAGAAUGUAAUUUCAAUAAAAUGAGAAAGCAAAAAAC